CAAGAAUUGCGUUCCUUCAUCCCUGUGAAUACAUUUUGAAGAUUUUAAUACAAGGCCGUCGCAGGGGAAACACCUUGCAGACAUGUCUGACUUCAUCGAGAGUGAGGCAGAGGAGUCCGAGGAGGAGUUUGAGGAGAAGGACCUGAAGCCCAAAAAGACUCAAAAGUUUAUGGAAGACGAUGAAGAAGAAGAAGAGGAGGAAAAUACAGAGGAUCAGGAUGAGCAUGGUAACCUGCGGGGGCUCAUCGAUGAUGACGUGGAUGAGGAGGAGGAAGAGGAGGAGGCAGCAGAUUCCAGUGAGGGUGGUGACAGUGACUCUGCAGAGGAGGUCCGACAUCGCCGACGGAAGCGUAGCUUCGAUGACUACCUUGACGAUGAUGAUCUAGACCUCAUUGAGGAAAAUUUAGGUGUGAAAGUGAAGAGAAGGAAGAAGAAGUACUCUCGUGUGAAAACUUUGGAAGAUGAGGGAGAAGAUGAUGAGAAAGAUCUGAUUGCGGAUGAGAUCUUCACCGGGGAUGGAGACGGUGAGGGAGAGAUGGAGGAGGGAGAGGCUGUGGAUGUGAUUCGCGGUGCAGAAGAUGAGGAAGAAGAUGACGAAGAGGAGUCAGAUAUUGAUGAUUUUAUUGUGGAUGAUGAUGGGCAGCCACUAAAGAAGAAAAGAGGAAAGAAAUUCACCGGCUACACUGAUGCGGCCUUGCAAGAAGCUCAGGAGAUUUUUGGAGGGGACUUUGACUUUGCAGAGUUUGAUACAGAGGCGUACGAUCACGCGGAGGAAGAGGAGGAUGAUCAGGACGAAGAGGGAUGGGACCGGCCAAAGAAGCAGACCAAGAGGAGAGUGGGGCGCCGUAGCAUCUUUGAGAUUUACGAGCCCAGUGAGCUGGAGAGCAGCCACAUGACGGAUCAGGACAACGAGAUCCGGUCCACAGACAUGCCUGAGCGAUUCCAGCUGCGUUCCAUACCCGUGAAGCCUGCCGAGGAUGACGAGCUGGAGGAAGAGGCAGAAUGGAUUUAUAGGAAUGCCUUCUCCACCCCAACCAUCUCCAUGCAGGAGAGCACGGAUUACCUGGACCGCGGGACCACUACUAACUAUAGCAGAAAAGGCCCCAGCACUAUUGCUAAAAUCAAGGAGGCCCUGAACUUCAUGAGGAACCAACACUUUGAGGUUCCCUUCAUAGCCUUCUACAGGAAGGAAUACGUGGAGCCCGAGCUGAACAUUAAUGACCUGUGGAAGGUCUGGCAGUGGGAUGAGAAGUGGACUCAGCUGAGAACCCGGAAGCAGAACCUGACCCGUCUCUUCCAGAGGAUGCAGUCAUAUCAGUUUGAGCAGAUCUCGGCUGAUCCUGACAAACCGCUGGCCGAUGCUAUCAGACCCCUGGACACAGCCGAUAUGGAGAGGCUGAAGGACGUCCAGUCCAUCGAUGAGCUGAGCGAUGUGUAUAACCAUUUCCUGCUGUACUAUGGCCGAGACAUCCCUAAGAUGCAGAACGCAGCCAAAGCCAACAAAAAGAAAAUGAAGAAAAUCAGAGAGGUCUCAGAGGAGGAUGGUGAGCAAGAGGCAGAAGUUGAGGAGGAAGAAGAGGAGGAAGAGCAGAAGGGGCCUGAUCUGAAGCAGGCGUCCCGCAGAGACAUGUACAGCAUCUGUCAGAGCGCUGGCCUCGAUGGCCUCGCUAAGAAGUUUGGUCUGACCCCAGAGCAGUUUGGUGAGAACUUGCGUGACAGUUACCAGAGACACGAGACUGAGCAGUUCCCUGCUGAGCCUUUGGAACUGGCAAAGGACUACAUGUGCAGUCAGUUCAGCACGCCGGAGGCCGUGCUGGAGGGGACGCGUUACAUGGUGGCCAUGCAGAUUGCACGGGAACCUCUGGUCAGACACGUGCUUAGACAGACCUUUCAGGAGAGGGCCAAGAUCAACAUUAAACCUACCAAAAAGGGCAAAAAGGACGUUGAUGAGGCUCACUAUGCCUACACCUUCAAGUAUCUGAAGAAUAAACCAGUGAAGGAGUUGAGCGGGGACCAGUUCCUUAAGAUGUGCCUGGCAGAGGAGGAAGGUCUGCUCACCAUAGACAUCUGCAUUGACCUGGUUGGGGUCAAAGGGUACGGUGGUGAUCAGACCUACUUUGAUGAGAUCAAACAGUUUUACUACAGAGAUGAGUUCAGUCACCAGGUACAGGAGUGGAAUAAGCAGAGAACUUUGGCCAUAGAGAGGUCGCUGAAGCAGUUUCUCUACCCCCAGAUGGCCAAAGAACUGAAGAACAAACUCAUCGCUGAGGCCAAGGAGAACAUUGUCAGAUCGUGCUGUAGAAAGCUGUAUAAUUGGCUGAAAGUAGCUCCAUACCGACCCGACCAGCAGGUGGAGGAGGAUGACGAUCUGAUGGACGAAUCACAAGGCAAAGGCAUUCGUGUGCUGGGAGUGGCCUUUGCCUCCGGAAGAGACACCCCUGUGUUCUGUGCUCUCAUUAAUGGUGAGGGAGAGGUGGUGGAUUUCCUGAGGCUGCCUUAUUUCCUCAAAAGGAGGAAUGCAUGGAGAGAGGACGAGAGAGAGAAAAAGCUUCAAGACGUUGAAAACCUGAAGAAAUUUCUCCUCAGUAAGAAACCCCAUGUGGUUGCUGUUGCCGGAGAGAACCGUGAUGCUCACAUGGUGAUGGAGGAUAUCAAGCGGACGAUCGGUGAGCUGGAGCAGGACUCCUCUCUGCCUGCUGUUGGAGUGGAGCUGGUGGACAACGAGCUGGCCACUCUCUACAUGAACAGCAAGAAAUCAGAGAUGGAUUUUCGGGACUACCCUCCCCUCCUGAGACAGGCUGUAUCUAUCGCACGCAAGAUUCAGGACCCUCUGGUGGAAUUUGCUCAAGUGUGCACCAGUGAUGACGACAUCCUGUGUCUCAAAUUGCACCCGCUACAGGAGCAUGUUGUUAAGGAGGAGUUGCUGGGUGCUCUGUACUGUGAGUUUAUAAACCGCGUGAACGAGGUGGGGGUGGAUGUGAACCGGGCCAUCGCUCACCCGUACACACAGAGUCUGGUCCAGUAUGUCUGUGGCCUGGGACCAAGGAAGGGCUCCCACCUCCUCAAGAUUCUGAAACAGAACAACACUCGUCUGGAGAACCGAACCCAGCUGGUCACAAUGUGCCACAUGGGCCCCAAAGUCUUCAUCAACUGUGCCGGCUUCAUCAAAAUUGACACUGCAUCGCUUGGUGACAGCACUGACUCCUACAUCGAGGUUCUGGAUGGUUCUCGUGUGCACCCUGAGACUUAUGAGUGGGCUCGUAAAAUGGCUGUGGACGCUUUAGAGUACGAUGAGUCGGCAGAAGACGCUAACCCUGCUGGAGCGCUGGAGGAGAUCCUGGAGAACCCAGAGAGGCUGAAAGAUCUGGAUCUUGAUGCGUUUGCAGAGGAGCUGGAGAGACAGGGCUAUGGUAACAAAGGUAUCACACUGUAUGAUAUCCGAGCCGAGCUCAGCUGCAGGUAUAAAGACCUGAGAGCGCCAUACAGAUCCCCCAACACUGAGGAGGUGUUCAACCUGCUGACCAAGGAGACACCGGAAACCUUCUACAUCGGGAAGCUGAUCACCAGCGUGGUGACGGGCAUUGCACACAGACGGCCGCAGGGGGAGAGUUAUGACCAGGCCAUCCGUAACGAUGAGACGGGCCUGUGGCAGUGCCCCUUCUGCCAGCAGGACAACUUCCCUGAGCUCAGUGAGGUGUGGAACCACUUUGACAGCGGCUCCUGUCCUGGCCAGGCCAUCGGCGUCCGAACGCGCAUGGACAACGGUGUUACCGGAUUCAUCCCGACCAAAUUCCUCAGCGAUAAGGUGGUUAAGCAUCCAGAGGAGAGGGUGAAGGUGGGAAUGACUGUCCACUGUCGGAUAAUGAAGAUCGACAUCGAGAAGUUCAGCGUUGACCUCACCUGCAGAACGUCUGACCUCACCGAUAAAAACAACGAGUGGAAACUGCCGAAGGACACAUACUAUGACUUUGACACUGAGGCUGAGGACAUUAAACAGGACGAGGAGCAGAAGAAGAAACAGCAGAGAACCACCUAUAUAAAGCGAGUGAUUGCCCACCCAUCCUUCCACAACAUCAACUUUAAGCAGGCAGAGAAGAUGAUGGAGUCCAUGGACCAGGGUGACGUGGUGAUCCGACCCAGCAGUAAAGGAGAGAACCACCUGACGGUCACCUGGAAGGUGGCUGACGGGAUCUACCAGCACGUGGAUGUGCGUGAGGAGGGCAAAGAGAACGCCUUCAGCUUGGGCCACACCCUAUGGAUCAACAAUGAGGAGUUUGAGGAUCUGGACGAGAUCACGGCACGCUAUGUUCAGCCAAUGGCAGCUUUCGCGCGGGAUCUCCUCAGCCACAAGUAUUUCCAGGAGUGCGGAGGAGGAGACCGGAAGAAAAUGGAGGAGCUCCUCGUCAGGACCAAGAAAGAGAAGCCCACAUUUAUUCCAUAUUUCAUCUCAGCUUGUCGAGACCUGCCUGGCAAGUUCUUACUGGGCUACCAACCCAGGGGGAAACCCAGGAUUGAGUACAUUACCAUCACCCCAGACGGCUUCAGGUAUCGCUCUCAGAUAUUCCCCACCGUCAACGGGCUCUUCCGCUGGUUUAAAGACCACUAUCAGGAACCAGUGCCAGGGGUCACCCCCAGCAGCAGCAGCAGAACGCGAACACCGGGUUCUGUCAACGCCACACCGGCUAACAUUAACAUUGCAGACUUGACUCGAGCCGUCAACGCCCUACCGCGAAACAUGACGUCCCAGAUGUUUAACGCCAUUGCGGCCGUGACGGGUCAGGGCCAGAACCCCAACACUACGCCGGCCCAGUGGGCCUCCAGUCAGUACGGCUACAGCGGGGGCAGCAGCGCCGGGGGAGGAGGGAGCAGCAGUGCUUAUCACGUGUUUGCCACGCCACAGCAACCUAUGGCCACGCCCCUCAUGACACCCAGCUAUUCUUACACAACGCCUGGACAACAGCAGGCCAUGACCACGCCCCAGUAUCCCAGCAGCACCCCCCAGUCCUCACAUGGACAUCACCACCACUCUUCCUCCACUCCGUCCUCCUCCUCCUCCUCACGGGUCAGGACACCGCAGCCAAAAACAAACGCCCAUACGGCCGUGGACUGGGCCAAGAUGGCAGAGCAGUGGCUACAGGAGAAGGAGGCAGAGCGCAGGAAACAGAAGAGCUCCCGCAUGACCCCUCGUCCCUCCCCAAGCCCCAUGAUCGAGAGCACCCCCAUGUCCAUCGCCGGAGACGCCACGCCCCUCCUCGACGAGAUGGACCGAUAGGAGCCCCCUCCCUCCCUCGCUGCUGUACUCUCCUUUCUUUUACCAGCCACACCUCCAUCUCCAUGUCUUUUGUCUCGCUCUCCUCAUCCUUUACUCUCCCCAUUGCUUCUGUGACCAUAAUACAGAGUGUGUUUAUUUGGGGGAAAGGAAGUCAUUCAGAGCUACUGACACACACAUACACUGAAAGAAAAAAAAAAAAAAACAUUACCAGACAAACCGAUGCAGGAAAUGGACCUGUCUCAAAAGUUUGUCUUUUGGGUUCACCCUUUCUUUUUCUUUU